AUCAUUACCAAGAGGGAGGUGAACUCGAAGCAUGGCCCCGCCAUAAGGACUGAUCUGGAGCCAGAGGUCUUCAGGCCAAACCUGAGCAAGCCCAGCGACCUCCUGCAGAUGGACCAGAUAGAGAAGGUGACUUGAUUGCUAUUCUCGAUCAGAAGAACACAGAGGAGCUAUUUGUACAGUCGUGGUCAAAAGUUUUGAGAAUGACACAAAUAUUAAUUUUCAAAGUCUGCUGCCUCAGUUUUUAUGAUGGACAUUUGCAUAUAUUCCAGAAUGUUAUGAAAAGUGAUCAGAUGAAUUGCAAUUAAUUGCAAAGUCCCUCUUUGCCAUGAAAAUGAACUUAAUCCCCAAAAAACAUUUGCACUGCAUUUCAGCCCUGCCACAAAAGGACCAGCUGACAUCAUGUCAGUGAUUCUCUCGUUAACACAGGUGAGAGUGUUGACGAGGAAAAGGCUGGAGAUCACUCUGUCAUGCUGAUUGAGUUAGAAUAACAGACUGGAAGAUUUAAAAGGAAGGUGGUGCUUGAAAUCAUUGUUCUUCCUCUGUUAACCAUGGUUACCUGCAAGGAAAGAUGUGCCGUCAUCAUUGCUUUGCACAAAAACGGCUUCACAGGCAAGGAUAUUGCUGCUAGUAAGAUUGCACCUAAAUCAACCAUUUAUCGGAUCAUCAAGAACUUCAAGGAGAGAGGUUCAAUUGUUGUGAAGAAGGCUUCAGGGCGCCCAAGAAAGUCCAGCAAGCGCCAGGACCGUCUCCUAAAGUUGAUUCAGCUGCGGGAUCGGGGCACCACCCGUGCAGAACUUGCUCAGGAAUGGCAGCAGGCAGGUGUGAGUGCAUCUGCAUGCACAGUGAGGCGAAUACUUUUGGAGGAUGGCCUGGUGUCAAGAAGGGCAGCGAGGAAGCCACUUCUCUCCAGGAAAAACAUCAGGGACAGACUGAUAUUCUGCAAAAGGUACAGGGAUUGGACUGCUGAGGACUGGGGUAAAGUGAUUUUCUCUGAUGAAUCCCCUUUCCGAUUGUUUGGCGCAUCCGGAAAAAAGCUUGUCCGGAGAAGACAAGGUGAGUGCUACCAUCAGUCCUGUGUCAUGCCAACAGUAAAGCAUCCUGAGACCAUUCAUGUGUGGGGUUGCUUCUCAGCCAAGGGAGUGGGCUCACUCACAAUUUUGCCUAAGAACACAGCCAUGAAUAAAGAAUGGUACCAACACAUCCUCUGAGAGCAACUUCUCCCAACCAUCCAAGAACAGUUUGGUGACGAACAAUGCCUUUCCAGCAUGAUGGAGCACCUUGCCAUGAGGCAAAAGUGAUAACUAAGUGGCUCGGGGAACAAAACAUCGAAAUGUUGGGUCCAUGGCCAGGAAACUCCCCAGACCUUAAUCCCAUUGAGAACUUGUGGUCAAUCCUCAAGAGGCAGGUGGACAAACAAAAACCCACAAAUUCUGACAAACUCCAAGCAUUGAUUAUGCAAGAAUGGGCUGCCAUCAGUCAGGAUGUGGCCCAGAAGUUAAUUGACAGCAUGCCUGGGCAGAUUGCAGAGGUGUUGAAAAAGAAGGAUCAACACUGCAAAUAUUGACUCUUUGCAUAAACUUAAUGUAAUUGUCAAUAAAAGCCUUUGACACUUAUGGAAUGCUUGUAAUUAUACUUCAGUAUACCAUAGUAACAUCUGACAAAAAUAUUUAAAAACACUGAAGCAGCAAACUUUGUGAAGACCAAUACUUGUGUCAUUCUCAAAACUUUUGACCACGACUGUACUAUCUGUAUUCACCUGUAUUUAUUAUUCAUCUGGAUCCUGUGAAUAAAAAUAGUACACAUAGGGAGAUUUGUUAUUCUGGUCCAUAUUACAAGUGGAUUAUGAAUGUUCUAUACAUUGCGUUUAUAUCUGCUGUGUUCCCUAUUUUAAGAGGCUGAUCUAAACUAAGUGUUCUACUAGAUGCCCCAGGAGCAAUGUCUCCACUGAGACCCAGAGCAGGCAGUAAGAGCUGGAGACCAAACCUGUCCUCAGCUGCUUUUAACUGUCGUCUCUCUGGGAUCCUCUGUGCCUUAGUCUCUGUUUAAUUGGCUCCCUACUAAAUUAGUCUCUUUCUUUCUUUCUUUCUUUCUUUCUUUCUUUCUUUCUUUCUUUCUUUCUUUCUUUCUUCUUUCUUUCUUCUUUCUUUCUUUCUUUCUUUCUUUCUUUCUUUCUUUCUUCUUUCUUUCUUUCUUUCUUUCUUUCUUUCUUUCUUUCUUUCUUUCUUUCUUUCUUUCUUUCUUCUUUCUUUCUUUCUUUCUUUCUUUCUUUCUUUCCUUUUUCUUUUCUUUCUUUCCUUGUAGCUGGCCAAAAACCUCCCUCCCAGGACAAUCGGCUACCACUGGUCUCUGGCCUUCAGCACCAAUAAACAUGGCAUGAGCAUCAAGACCCUGUACCGGGCCAUGCAGGGCCUGGACACACCCGUGCUCAUGGUGAUCAAGGACAGCGACGGACAUGUGAGUGGUGUGGAUGGUGACCAGUAUACAGUUAGACCUAGGUUGAAUACUUGAACUGAGAUUGUGCUUGAUUUAGCUUGAAGUUUGCACUUGUAGGACUAUUUCAUUGGUUACAUUGGGCUAUGUGUACUACAUUAUUGCUAGUAUUUGAAAGCAUUUAUAUUUCAACCAGGUAUAUAUACAGUACAUCUUUAGAAAAUAUGUGUGCUCAGGUCUAUUGUUAAGGAUCACUGUAAGUUAACUCAUGAGGACCCCUCAUGAGGACCAAUCAAAUGUAUUUGUCACAUAAUCCGAAUACAACAGGUGUAGACUCCAGUGAAAUGCAAAAAAAAAAAAAAAAAAGACUCCAGUCACCCAAGUCAUAGACUGUUCUCUCUGCUACCGCAUGGCAAGCGGUACCGAUGCUCCAAGUCUGGAACCAACAGGACCCUAAAAAGCCUCUACCCCAAGCAUUACGACUGAUAUACAGUGCCUUCAGAAACUAUUCAGACCCCUUGACUUUUUCCACAUUUUGUUAUGUUACAGCCUUAUUCUAAAAUUGAUUAAAUUGUCCUGAUGGAAGGUGAACCUUCGCCCCAGUCUGAGGUACUGAGCGCUCUGGAGCAGGUUUUCAACAAGGAUCUCUCUGUAUUUUGCUCUGUUCAUCUUUGCCUCGAUCCUGACUAGUCUCCCAGUCCCUGCCGCUGAAAAAUAUCCCCACAGCAUGAUACUGCCACCACCAUGCUUCACCGUAGGGAUGGUGCCAGGUUUCCUCCAGACGUGACGCUUGGCAUUCAGGCCAAAGAGUUCAUUCUUGGUUUCAUCAGACCAGAGAAUCUUGUUUCUCAUGGUCUGAGAGUCUUUAGGUGACAUUUGGCAAACUCAAAGCGGGCUGUCAUGUGCCUUUUACUGAGGAGUGGCUUCCGUCUGGCCACUCUACCAUAAAGGCCUGAUUGGUGGAGUGCUGCAGAGAUGGUUGUCCUUCUGGAAGGUUCUCCCAUCUCCACAGAGGAACACUAGGGCUCUGUCAGAGUGACCAUCGGGUUCUUGGUCACCUCUCUGAUCUAGGCCCUUCUCCCAAAUUGCUCAGUUUGGCUGGGCGGCCAGCUCUAGGAAGAGUCUUGGUGGUUCCAAACUUCUUCCAUUUAAGAAUGAUGGAGGCCACUGUGUUCUUGGGAACCUUCAAUGCUGCAGAAUUUUUUUUUGUACCACGACACAAUCCUGUCUCUGAGUUCUACGGACAAUUCUUUGUGGCUUGGUUUUUGCUCUGACAUGCACUGUCAGUUGCGGGACCUUUAUAUAGACUGGUGUGUGCCUUUCCAAAUCAUGUCCAAUCAAUUGAAUUUACCACAGGUGUAAUCCAAUCAAGUUGUAGAAACAUCUCAAGGAUGAUCAAAGGAAACAGGAUGCAUCUGAGCUCAAUUUCGAGUCGCAUAGCAAAGGGUCUGAAUACUUAUGUAAAUAAGGUAUUUCUGUUUUUUAAAUUUAAAUUUGCUAACAUUUCUAAAGACCUGUUUUCACUUUGUCAUUAUGGGGUAUUGUGUGUAGGUGGUCCUCUGUAGCUCAGCUGGUAGAGCACGGCGCUUGUAACGCCAAGGUAGUGGGUUCGAUCCCCGGGACCACCCAUACACAAAAAUGUAUGCACGCAUGACUGUAAGUCGCUUUGGAUAAAAGCGUCUGCUAAAUGGCAUAUUAUUAUUAUUAUUAUUAGAUUGGUGAGGACAAAUUUUUAUUUAAUCCAUUUAAUAAUAAGGCUGUAAUGUAACAAAAUGUGGAAAAAGUCAAGGGUUUGAAUACUUUCCGAAUGAACUGUAUAUAUACACUACCGUUCAAAAGUUUGGGGUCACUUAGAAAUGUCCUUGUUUUAGAAAGAAAAGCCUUUUUUUUUGUCCAUUAAAGAAAAAGCCAUAUCUCUUACUGGCCAAUAAAAAGAAAAGAUUAAGAUGGGCAGUCUGAGAUAUGGCUUUUUCUUUGCAAUUCUGCCUAGAAGGUCAGCAUCCCGGAGUCGCCUCUUCACUGUUGACGUUGAGACUGGUGUUUUGCGGGUACUAUUUAAUGAAGCUGCCAGUUGAGGACCUGUGAGGCGCCUGUUUCUCAAGCUAGACACUCUAAUGUAUUUGUCCUCUUGCUCAGUUGUGCACCGGGGCCUCCCACUCCUCUUUCUAUUCUAGUUAGAGCAAGUUUGCACUGUUCUGUGAAGGGAGUAGUACACAGCGUUGUAUGAGAUCUUCAGUUUCUUGGCAAUUUCUCGCAUGGAAAAACCUUCAUUUCUCAGAACAAGAAUAGAGUGACGAGUUUCAGAAGAAAGUUAUUUGUUUCUGGCCAUUUUGAGCCUGUAAUCGAACCCACAGUUGUUGAUGCUCCAGAUACUCAACUAGUCUCAAGAAGGCCAGUUUUAUUGCUUCUUUAAUCAGCACAACAGUUUUCAGCUGUGCUAACCUAAUUGCAAAAGGGUUUUCUAAUGAUCAAUUAGCCUUUUUAAAAUGAUAAACCUGAAUUAGCAAACACAACGUGCCAUUGGAACACAGGACUGAUGGUUGCUGAUAAUGGGCCUCUGUACACCUAUUUAGAUAUUACAUAAAAAAUCAGCCGUUUUCAGCUACAAUAGCCAUUUACAACAUUAACAAUGUCUACACUGUAUUUCUGAUCAAUUUGAUGUUAUUUUAAUGGACAAAAAAUUUGCUUUUCUUUCGAAAACAAAGACAUUUCUAAGUGACCAUAAACUUUUUAACUUUAGUGUGUACUCCAUAUAUAUAUCUAUAUAUAUAUAUCAUUGUUUUAUUUUUUUGUCAAUUUCGACCAGCCCACCCUCAUAAAAGAUGAUCCGGCCCUUCUGGUAUGAUAAAAGGCAGUUAGCUCAUCUGGUAGGCUCGCUUCACUGGGCAGUUCGCUGCUGGUUUUCCCUUUGUAAUUCAUGUCCCGCUCCUUGAAAGUGGCAGCUCUAGCCUUUAGCUCAGUGUGGAUGUUGCCUGUACUCCAUGGCUUCUGGUUGGGAUAUGUACGUACGGUCACUGUGGGGACGACGGUGUCGAUACACUUAUUAAUGAAGCUGGUGACUGAUGUGGUAAACUCCUCAAUGUUACCGGAUGAAUCGUGGAACAUAUUCCAGUCUGUGCUAGCGAAACAGUCCUGUAGCUUAGCAUCCGCUUCAUCGCUCCACUUCCGUAUUGAGCACAUCACUGGUACUUCCUGUUUUAGUUUUUGCUUGUAAGCAGGAAUCAGGAGGAUUGAGUUAUGGUCAGAUUUGACAAAGGGAGGGCGAGGGAGAGCCUUGUAUGCAUUUCUGUGUGUGGAGUAAAUGUGAUCUAGAAUUUUGUCGCCUCUAGUUGCACAGAUGACAUGCUGGUAAAAAUGAGGUAAAACGGAUUUCAGUUUCCCUGCAUUAAAAUCACCGGCCACGAGAAGCGCCACCUCUGGAUGUUUAUUUUCUUGUUUUCUUAUGACCCUAUGCAGCUUAUUGAGUGUGGUCUUAGUGCCAGCAUCGGUUUGUGGUGGUAAAUAGACCGCUACGAAAAAUAUAGAUAAACUCUCUUGCUAAAUAGUAUGGUCAGCAGCUUAUCAUUAGGUUUUCUAACUCAGGCGAGCAAAAACCUGAAACUUCCUUAACAUUAGAGAUCGCGCACCAGCUGUUAACAAAUAAACACCCUCCCCAGUUCAUCUUACCCAAGGCUGCUGUCCGGUCUAGACGAUGCAUGGAAAAACCAGUGAGAUGUGUAUAAUCCAUGUCCUUGUUCAGCCACGAGUCCAAGAAACAUAGAAUAUUACAGUUCUUCAGGUCACGUUGAUAGGACAGUCUCGAACGGAGCUCAUCCUACCGCCCCGUAGCACUCACGUCGGUAGCCAUGAAGUGCUUUGAAAGGCUGGUCAUGACUCACAUCAACAACAUCAUCCCGGAAACCCUAGACCCACUAUAAUUCGCAUAGCGCCCCAACAGAUCCACAGAUGACGCAAUCUCAAUCGCACUCCACACUGCCCUUUCCCACCUGGACAAAAGGAACACCUAUGUGAGAAUGCUGUUCAUUCACUACAGCUCAGUGUUCAACACCAUAGUGCCCUCAAAGCUCAACAAUAAGCUAAGGACCCUGGGGCUAAACACCUCCCUCUACAACUGGAACCUGGACUUCCUGACGGGCCGCCACCAGGUGGUAAGGGUAGGCAACAACACAUCUGCCACGCUGAUCCUCAACACUGGGGCCCCUCAGGGGUGCGUGCUUAGUUCCCUCCUGUACUCCCUGUUCACCUACGACUGCGUGGCCAAGCACGACUCCAACACCAUCAUUAAGUUUACGGAUGACACAACAGUGGUAGGCCUGAUCACCGACAACGAUGACACUACCAGGUCUCUGAUCUCCUCCCUAUAGGCUGUGUGGUGCCAGGACAACAACCUCUCCCUCAAUGUGAGCAAGACAAAGGAGCUGAUCGUGGACUACAGGAAAAGGAGGGCCGAAAAAGCCCCCAUUAACAUCGACGGGGCUGUAGUUGAGCGGGUCGAGAGUUUCAAGUUCCUUGGUGUCCAGUACAUCACUGGGGCCAAGCUUCCUGCCAUCCAGGACCUAUAUACUAGGCGUUGUCAGAGGAAGGCCCAAAAAAUUGUCAAAGACUCCAGUCACCCGAGUCAUAGACUGUUCUCUCUGCUACCACACGGCAAGCGUUACCAGAGCGCCAAGUCUAGGUCCAAAAGGCUCCUUAACAGCUUCUACCCCCAAGCCAUAAGACUGCUGAACAAUUAAUCAAAUGGUCACCCGAACUAUUUACAUUGACACCCCCCCAUUGUUUUUACACUGCUGCUACUCGCUGUUUAUUAUCUAUGCAUAGUCACUUUUCCCCUACCUACAUGUCAAAAUUACCUCGACUAACCUGUACCCCCGCACAUUGACUUUGUACCGGUACCCCCUGCAUAUAGCUUCGUUAUUGUUAUUUUAUUGUGUUACUUUUUAAUUUAUUUUUUACUUUAUUUUAUUUAGUAAAUAUUUUUCUUAACUCUAUUUAUUGAACUGCAUUGUUGGUUAAGUGCUUGUAAGUAAGCAUUUAAUCUAGCUACUUUCUCAUUUCUAUCUCAGACUGCUGGUGAUCCGUCUAAAUUUGGGAAAACAGUGAAUGCACUAUUGGUUUAUCCUUCCCUCUCCCUCCCUCCCUCCCCUUCCUUCCUCUCUCUCUCUCCCUCCCUCUCAUUAUAUCUCUCUCUCUAUCUAUUACCCCCCGUCUCCAUCUCCAUAUUCUCUCUCCCUCCCUUCUUUUCUCUCCCUCUAUUUGCCUCCAUCUGUCUCUCUCUACAUACUCUUUAUCCCUUUAUAAAGCUGAAAUUUGUAAAUUGGUAAUGACAGCUAGAUAGAGCCCCUCUAUUACUGCAAAACCAUUGUGUCCACUGGAGGUCAAAAAUCAUUUUGGCCCGAUUUCCUUCAAAUGUUUGACCUCCAUUGAACACAAUGGUCUUGCAGUACUAGACGGUCUCUGUGUCUGUCUGUCUGUCUGUCUGUCUGUGAGUGUAUAAGUCUUUAAAGCAAUGUAUUGAGUUAUGGAUGAAAUCAAUUGACGCAUAUAUUUUGAGAGAGAGAGAGAGAGAGAGAGAGAAGAAGAGAGAGAGAGAGAGAGAGAGAGAGAGAGAGAGAGAAUGAGACAGAGAGAGAGAGCGAGAGAGAGAGAGAGAGAGAGAGAGAGAGAGAGAAGUAGAGAGAGAGAGAGCUAGAGAUAGAGAAGAGAGAGAUAGAUAGAGAGCCGAUGAGAGAGAGAGAGAAGAGAGAGAGAGAGAGAGAGAGGCAAUUUGACGCACAUUAAUGCAUCUGGCUCAGUUGGUAGAGCGUCUGCUAAAAUGUAAAAAUAAUUAUCUCUAGACAUCAAUAUUGUGACACUAAUAAUCUUCCGCUGGUUGACUGCAAUGUAUUAACUUAAGCAUCAUAUUUCUUGAAGCAUUUAAUUUUGAUAAAACAUACCAGAUUGAUGCUUUUCAAUGAUAUCAUGUUGUCUAUAGAAACAGGUCCUUUCUUAAUUGAAAUAUCAGAAAACAUAUCACAUAGUCAACGUUAAUUCCGGUUAUUGACUAUGGUGAUAUCAUCUAUAGAAAUUCAGCUGCAACUGUUUUGAAGUGUUGGAAGCAGUUAAUCAUAGCACAUCACGUUUUAUUACGGGCGAUAUGUUCAGUACACAUCAUUGCAUUCUGUAUCAGAAAGUUGGCUGGCCCUCCUUGAAGUCUCGUAGAUCGAUGCAUUGUGCUCUUUUUGUCUAUAAAGCCCCCUGGUAUAAACCUCCGCCAUACCUUACCUCAUUAUUAACCUUCAGACGUAUAAGUUACCAGACCGGGACUCAGGGAUAGCUAACCCUGGAGAUCCCUUCAAUCUCCACUGAGUUAGGUCAAUCUGUUUUUAGUUUUUUUGCGCCUCUCAUGUUGAAUGAUCUCCAAAAUACCAUAAUGUUGGUGGAGUUGGUGCCUCUAGGGCAAUUCAGGCAGCCUUUUAACUGAAGAAUGUGUUUGUUUCAUAUGAUUGUGUUUUGCUUUUUGUGUUUUGUAUUUGCUUUUCAUGUAUUGUGUAAUUGAUGUGUAUAUACAGUAGAUAUGUAUCAGUGGAGGCUCCUCGGAGGAGGAAGGGGAGGACCAUCCUCAGUGAAUUUCAUACAAAUAAAAAUGGUAAAACAUUGAAAAAGUUAUCAUUUUUAGAUAAAACUAUACUAAAUAUAUUAAUGUCACCAAAUAAUUGAUUAAAACACACCGUUUUGCAAUGAAGGUCUACAGUAGCCUCAACAGCACUCUGUAGGGUAGCACCAUUGUGUAGCCGGAGGACAGCUAGCUUCCAUCCUGCUCUUGGUACAUUGACUUCAAUACAUAACCUAGGAGGCUCUUGGUUCUCACUCCCUUCCAUAGACUUACACAGUAAUUAUGACAACUUCCGGAGGACGUCCUCCAACCUAUAAUAGCUCUUGCAGCAUGAACUGACAUGUUUUCCACCCAGUCAAAGGAUCAGAGAAUGAAUCUAGUACUGAAAACAUAAGCUACAGCUAGCUAGCACUGCAGUGCAUAAAAUGUGGUGAGUAGUUGACUCAAACAGGGAGAAAGACAAUAGUUGAACAGUUUUCAACAAACUAAUUUCUUCAAAAAUGAAGGAGAAGCAAGAGAGAGAGAGAGAGAGAGAGAGAGAGAGAGUGUCAUUUUUUUUUCAGUUUCACUUACUUAGCUAGCAAAUGCAGCUAGCUAGUUUAGUUACUCAAACACCUGGCUCAAACAGAGGGAUGCUAUGUUAGCUAGCUGGCUAUGACUAGCCAACACAACACGGGAACUCUUCCAAGUCAAGGUAAGCUUGUGGUUUUAUUAAUUUAUUGCCACCGGGGCCCGCCGGUCUAACUGCUUACUGACUAUACACUGUAACGUUACUGCAUGAUUGUGGCGGGUUUACAAAUGCAUUAGUUCUAUUGGCUGUGUUGACUAGGACGUUACUUUAGCUAAUAUGGGGACAACGAUGUAGGCUGUGUGUAGCGGUUAUGAAAUGGUUUGGUUUGGAUUUUUUUGUUGUUGCCUGGUCAACAUGUGUUGUUCAUUGAAGUCCACAAACGAAGGGAAAAGGUGAAAGGAGGAGAGUGCAUAGAGGAUAGAAUGAAUACAACGUGGCUGCUAUGAAAGUGAACUCUGUUUAUACGUGAUCAGGGGUGUAUUCAUUCUGCCGAUUCUAUUGAAAAACGUUCCUUAAACGGAAGCAAACGAAACUGGGAUAAAAAUUUGAAUUUGUCCAAUAGAAACUCUUGUUUGCAACUGUUGGACUAAUGAUUACACCCUAGAUAAGCUAGAUGCAGGCAAGAGUGUGUGGUAUUGAAUGUGUCACUUUCUGUCCAUGUGUCACUGUCUGUCAUCUCACAUUUUUCUUUCGACCUGUGUGCACCUACGUUGUAAACUUUCAUUCAUAGGCUAGGUUGUAGCAACCUCAUGAUGGGUAUAGGGAAAUUUUGAGUAUCAUGUAGUAGCCUAACCCUGGGUGAAUGGAAUAUGACUGACAGUCAUCCAACAUGCUGUAAUAGAAAUAAGGCCAUGCUCAUGAAAAAAAUAAUUGUCCUCCCUCAUCAUAGACGGCACUGACCGCCACGGAUAUGUAUAGUGUAAUUGUUGUUUAUUGAUGUGUUCAUGCAGGGCUCGUCUGCGAAAGAGACUGUUGUAUCAGCAUGACUCCCUGCUUAAAUAAAGGUGAAAUAAAAUGAAAAAGUUGUUUAUGGCUGAUUUGAGUUUGACUUUUGUUCUCUGUGUCUUUGCAGAUGUUUGGUGCCCUGGCCUCUGAGCCCUUUAAAGUCAGCGACAGCUUCUAUGGAACAGGAGAGACCUUCCUUUUUACCUUCUGUCCUGACUUUGAG